AUGUUAAACACAAGUUUUAUCAACACUUCUUUCUCUUUCAUUCAUUCUUGUCUCGCUUUCAUUUCUUCAUUUUUCUUCUUUCCUUCCUUCUUUCUUCCUUACAUUCCUUCUUCCCUUUCAUUCUUCCAUUCUUCUUCCCUUUCAUUCUUUUUUUUUCCUUUUCAUUCUUUCUUUCUUUUUUCCUUUUCAUUCUUUGUUUCUUUUUCCUUUCUUCCCUUUCUUUUUUCUUUCUCUGUCGUUGUUUUUCCUUCAUUUUUCAUUCAGGUCAUUGUUUUUCCUUCAUUUUUCAUUCAGGUCGUUGUUUUUCCUUCAUUUUUCAUUCUGCCGUUGUUUUUCCUUCAUUUUUCAUUCUGCCGUUGUUUUUCUUUCAUUUUUCAUUCAGGUCGUUGUUUUUCCUUCAUUUUUCAUUCAGGUCGUUGUUUUUCCUUCAUUUUUCAUUCAGGUCGUUGUUUUUCCUUCAUUUUUCAUUCAGGUCGUUGUUUUUCCUUCAUUUUUCAUUCAGGUCGUUUUUAUAUCCUUUUCUUUCAUUAUGUUAUUCUCGCCUCUUCUGUCCUUUUCUUACUUUUAUUUUUAUUUCUUUUCACUUUCUAUUGCUUUAUUCUUAUCGUCUCAUUUUCAUUUUUUUUUCUAUUUUUCUUCAUUUUCUUUCCUUUUUUUUUUUUUCUCCUUAUAUUUCUUAUUUUUCAUUCUUUUAUCAUUACUUUUUUUUCCUUUCUAUUUUUAGUUUUUCCUUCUUAUUUUCAUUAUGUCUACUUUUACUUUGGUUGCCCAACUUUCCCUCUCUCUCACUUUAUUUUUUUUUUCUUUCACUUAAUUUUCUUCUGUCUCUUUGUCUUUCUUUUACACUAUUUAUUUUUCACCUAUCUUUAUCUCACUAACCUUUCCUUUAUCCAUUCUUUCUUUUCCUUAUUUAAUUUUCUCAUUAUUUUCUCCUUUCAUUUCCUUUAUCUCUUGUGCCUUUUUCUUUCUUUUCUAUCCUCCCCAAUUAUUCUUUUUCUUUUAUAUUUCUUUUUUCUUUUUCCCUCUCUCUUCAUUUUUCUUUUUCCCCUCUCUCUUUUUUUUUUUUCCCCUCUCUCUUCAGUUUUUCUUUUCCCCCUCUCUUCAGUUUUUCUUUUUUCCCCUCUCUCUUCAGUUUUUCUUUUUUCCCCUCUCUCUUCAGUUUUUCUUUUUCCCCCUCUCUCUUCAGUUUUCUCUUUUUCCCCUCUCUCUUCAGUUUUCUCUUUUUCCCCUCUCUCUUCAGUUUUCUCUUUUUCCCCUCUCUCUUCAGUUUUCUCUUUUUCCCCUCUCUUCAGUUUUCUCUUUUUCCCCCUCUCUCUUCAGUUUUCUCUCUCUCUUCAGUUUUCUCUUUUUCUCUCUCUCUUCAGUUUUCUCUUUUUCUCUCUCUUCAGUUUUCUCUUUUUCUCUCUCUUCAGUUUUCUCUUUUUCUCUCUCUUCAGUUUUCUCUUUUUCUCUCUCUUCAGUUUUCUCUUUUUCUCUCUCUUCAGUUUUCUCUUUUUCUCUCUCUCUCUCCAGUUUUCUCUUUUUCUCUCUCUCUCUCUCUCCAGUUUUCUCUUUUUCUCUCUCUCUCUCUCUCCAGUUUUCUCUUUUUCUCUCUCUCUCCAGUUUUCUUUUUUCUCUCUCUCUCCAGUUUUCUUUUUCUCUCUCUCUUCAGUUUUCUUUUUUCCCCCUCUCUUCAGUUUCCACUUUUUCUCUCUCUCUCUCUUCAGUUUCCACUUUUUCUCUCUCUCUCUCUUCAGUUUCCACUUUUUCUCUCUCUCUCUCUUCAGUUUCCACUUUUUCUCUCUCUCUCUCUUCAGUUUCCACUUUUUCUCUCUCUCUCUCUUCAGUUUCCACUUUUUCUCUCUCUCUCUCUCUCUUCAGUUUUCUCUUUUUUUUUCUCUCUCUCCCCAGUUUUAUUUUUUCUCUCUCUUCACACUCCUACUUUUAAUGAUUCUUUCUUUCCCCACUUUCUCUUGUGCCUUUUUAAAGUCCUGA